UCAAGGCUUCCAGCAGUCAUCGGGAACAGCAAGCCGCUUCCGCCUCUCGCGUUGCUGACUGUGGUUACCCUUUGAGUACGUCAGGAUAUACCUGGUCCUCUGACCUGAUAUUUUCAUCUAUCCCAUGUAUUUCAUAACUUUGGGCACCGGGUUACAUGACUCUGAUAGACAAGACGGGCCCUGCUGCACCAGUGGGAGUACCGACUUACGAUUCGUCCCGAACCGAUUCCGUGCUGUUCACACUUCAAGGAGAAUGAUAAUAUUUAAAGGUUUGGCCCUCCCUCGGGAGACUAGUCUAUCCGUAAGAGAUAGUUGAUCCAUUUUCUUUCCACUCCACGCGUCGUUGCCGUGCUUCACCCACUUCUGCCAUUGCCAUACUUUUCCUUUUACAUUCUCAAGAUGUGUGAUUACACCCAAGUCGAGUACGCAUGUGGUCACCUUCGCUAUACAGUGAAGGCCUGGUGUGUAAAGUAUCAAGAAACACAUCGUCGUUGUCCAGCAAAUGUUGUUGCUAUUGAAUACCGUUUGAAUGAGAAGUGCGGCAUCGCAUGCGGCGGUACUAGCCAUCGCAACAAAAACUUUUGCCGAAUUAUCGACGGUUCUCUGCAGUCUGCAGCUUCCCAGACGGAAUCACACCACGCGCGUCGCGAGACCCGUUUCCUCCCACGUCAAGUGACGGGUAUUACCGACUUUUCCGGAGACCUUGUACUCUGUCACGCCAGAUCUUGCGAUCCCUGUGUACCGCAAACUGUUCGUCGCGGAAUAGCCGAGCCUCCAGUAUGCGGGUCAUCUGAGAAACAGCGCUGCAGUCGCCCAUCCACUUUCCGGAUUUCCGCAGAAAUCUCGAGUAUCAGGAUGCGGGUUCCCGGUCGCUCGACGCUUUUGGUCACGUCGUCGUCACCUUGAGGCUCUGCGAUUUCGGACACCGGACUUGCGCCCGGUCGAGCAAUCAGUAG